UUGAUCGCUCGGCAAACGUACCUAGCUGCUUUGCCGUCUUAAACUCGUCUAUUGGCUGCGUUCAGCAGAGAAAGCAGCUUUACAACCCAUGGGCUUUACUGUCUUGUGGCCUUUAAUCCCUAGUGACAUUUGGUUAACUAAAGUUUAGCAAAAUAGUCAAAAUAUUGGUUUUCAACCGGAACAAGUGAUUGUUCUCUUGAGAUAAAUCCUUAAUUAAUUAAAGAAAAACUGUACAUAUAUAUUGACAUGUCAUUGUCUCAUUGACAUCAAAGGAGUUCAUGUAGAUAUUGAAGAGGUAGAAGAUGUAUUAAUGUAGAGAAUUUCAGUUUUACAAAUCACGGACACACUUUUAUCCAUAUAAUGGCUGGAAAUUGCAAGAGAGUAAUAUUGUGUAAAGGAUUAUCUGAAAAGAGCAACAUGCAAGAAAUGUAUAUCAAAACAUUGGAAUCAGCCGGUUAUAAUUGCGAAUGUUUACAAACUUUGCAAUUUGAAUUUGUGAAUAUUUCAGAUCUGCGAACAUGUUUAUCAGUAGCUGACAAAUAUAGUGGUUUAAUAUUAACAAGUCCUCGUACAGUUGAAGCUGUUGCAUUGGCAAUAAAAGAAGAUACUAGUAUUCUGUACCAUUGGGAACAUAUGCCAGCGUACUGUGUAGGAUCUAUGACAGAAUCUCUCGCAAGAAAUCAACUUAACUUGCAACAUUGUGUAGGCAGUCAGUCUGGUAAUUCAAAGCAAUUGGCUGAAAAAAUUGUUCUUGAUAUAAAAAAAGAUUCCAAACCAUUAUUGUAUCCAUGCAGUGAAAUUGCACGUGAAACUAUUUCUUGUAUUGUUGGAGAUAGUGGAAUUUCAAUAGAAAAGAUUGUAGUUUAUAGAACGUUAGAGAGCAAAACUCUUGAACAAGAAUUGCCAAAAAUACUCGAGGAAUCUCCUGGUAUAUUCGUUUUUUUCAGUCCAUCUACAGUUGAGCAUAUUACAGCGCAACUUAAGAAAAAUUUUUGUAGUAUCAAAGAUAUAAAAGCAGUAGCAAUAGGACCUGUAACAAAAGAUGCAUUAAUUGAUUCUGGUUUCAAUGUAUAUGCUACUGCGAAUAAACCUGAACCAGCAGCUUUGAUGCAAGCGAUCAUAGCUGCUGAAUCUACGGAAACUUUAAAAAAGAAAAAUUUGUAACGUGACGUGUUUUGGGUUGUUUGUCACAAGGAUCGACCUCGAAAAGUUGCAAACCAAAUUGGUGCAUAGUUUAUAGACAAUGUAAUAUGCGUUUGCAAAUUUGUAUAUAAGUAUUAUUAAGUCCAAAGGAUCCGCUCC